AUGGCCACGAGUGUGGCGCGCAUCUCGGUACAAAAAGGCAUGAAUAUAUUCAGGUUAUUGGGGGAUUUCUCCCAUCUCGUCGCCAUCAUAAUCCUCCUAAAGAAAAUCUGGAAGACUAAGUCAUGUGCUGGACUUUCAGGAAAAUCUCAACUUCUUUUUGCAGUUGUAUUUAUAUCACGUUACGUGGAUUUGUUUUUCAAUUUUAUUUCACUGUAUAACACCAUCAUGAAGCUUUUCUUUAUCAUUUGCUCUUGUGCGACCGUCUACUUCAUGUAUUUUAAAUUCAAGGCUACCUACGAUUCUAAUCAUGAUACAUUUGCUGUGUAUUUGUUGCUGAUCCCCAGUCUGCUUCUAGGAUUAGUGGCCAAUUACGAAUUUUCUUUAUAUGAGAUACUGUGGGCUUUCUCAAUUUACUUGGAAUCGGUUGCUAUUAUGCCUCAGUUGUUUAUGAUUAGCAAAACUGGCGAAGCUGAAACAAUCACUUCUCACUACUUAUUUGCGUUAGGAUCGUACCGUGCGUUGUAUUUGUUCAACUGGAUAUACCGUUAUGUUUUUGAUGAUUAUCUCGACUAUAUUGCUGUUGUUGCGGGUAUUGUACAAACAUUAUUAUACUGCGACUUCUUCUAUUUGUACAUAGCUAAAGUUAUGAAAGGACGUGACUUACGACUACCUGCCUGA